UCAGUCAUAGCCGUAACGCCGUUAACGACACAACACCACUGACUGCGUUCUCUAGGACGAACGACCGCCGCGAAAAGUGAGAAAAAAUCGAAGACAAUUUUUUGCCGAAUUAAAUUGCAAACAAAUUGGUUGGAAUUAAAUAAGAAAAAAUGCAGUGCACCAUUCGUAGCGUUUUGGUUGGUGCCCUUAAGACCCCCUUGCGUAGCAAUGGCGCCAUUUUGGGUGCCUUGAACGGUCGCUUUUAUUCCACCACACAUGAAGCCGAUUUGGUUGUCAUUGGUUCGGGUCCCGGUGGUUAUGUUGCUGCCAUUAAAGCCGCCCAAAUGGGUAUGAAGACUGUCAGUGUUGAAAAGAACCCCACUCUGGGCGGUACCUGCCUUAAUGUUGGUUGCAUUCCCUCCAAAGCUUUGCUCAACAACUCCCAUUACUAUCACAUGGCCCAUUCGGGUGAUUUGGAUAAUCGUGGUAUUGUCUGUGGCAAUGUCUCUUUGGAUUUAGAAAAAUUGAUGACCCAAAAGAGCAACGCCGUCAAAGCCUUGACCGGUGGCAUUGCCCAAUUGUUCAAGAAGAACAAAGUUACCCAAUUGACCGGUUUCGGUACCAUCACCUCCCCCAAUGAGGUGCAAGUCAAAAAAGAUGACGGCUCUGUGGAAACAGUACAAACUAAGAACAUCAUGAUUGCCACCGGUUCAGAGGUUACACCAUUCCCCGGCAUUGAAAUCGAUGAGGAAGUUAUUGUCUCCUCGACUGGUGCCUUGGCCUUGAAGCAGGUGCCCGAAAAAAUGAUUGUCAUUGGUGCCGGUGUUAUUGGUUUGGAAUUGGGUUCGGUGUGGUCUCGUUUGGGUGCUGAAGUGACGGCCGUUGAAUUCAUGGACACCAUUGGUGGUGUGGGCAUUGAUGGUGAAGUUUCGAAAACUUUCCAAAAGGUCUUGACCAAACAGGGUUUGAUUUUCAAGACCGGCACCAAGGUAUUGUCGGCCACCCGUGACGGUAACAUUGUCACCGUUCAAGUGGAGAAUGCCAAGACCGGUGAAAAGGAAGAACUGAGAUGUGAUGCCUUGUUGGUAUCCGUUGGUCGUCGUCCCUACACCGAAGGUUUGGGCUUGGAAAAUGUUGGCAUUGUCAAGGACGACAGAGGACGCGUUCCCGUCAAUGAUCACUUCCAGACCACCGUUCCCAAUAUCUAUGCCAUCGGUGAUUGCAUUCAUGGUCCCAUGUUGGCCCACAAAGCCGAAGAUGAGGGUAUCAUUUGCGUCGAGGGUAUGUUGGGCGGCCAUGUCCACAUUGACUACAACUGCGUGCCAUCUGUUGUCUAUACCCAUCCUGAAGUUGCGUGGGUUGGCAAGUCCGAAGAGGCCCUCAAGCAAGAGGGUGUUGAAUACAAAGUAGGCAAAUUCCCAUUCUUGGCCAAUUCCCGUGCCAAGACCAACAACGAAACUGAUGGUUUCGUCAAGGUUUUGGCUGAUAAGGCUACAGAUCGUGUGCUGGGCACACACAUCAUUGGUCCCUCUGCCGGUGAACUUAUCAAUGAAGCUGUUUUGGCCAUGGAAUAUGGUGCCUCCGCUGAAGAUGUUGCCCGUGUCUGCCAUGCCCAUCCUACCUGUGCUGAAGCUUUGCGUGAAGCUAAUGUUGCUGCUGCCUUUGGCAAACCCAUUAACUUUUAGACAUCUUCUUUUCUCCUCCCCCCUUCAGUUAGGCUAACAGUCCCACAUAAACUCUCAAAAGCAACAUUUAAACAUCUCCACCAAAACUCCUAUUUAACAUCUAAUUUUACUACAACAAAAAGGCCUUAAGUUAUUUUACAAAGAAACAAAUAUGUAUAUGUAUGAACCUCCAAUGGGAUAUCAACGAUAAAAUCGAUCGUCUAUCACUCUCUUUAUUGUAAUUUAUUUCCAAAAAAAAGCAAUUUAUUGAUUUCAAGUUUUCUUUUUUAAUUUGAAAAAUAAAAACAAAUAACAAGAACAACAAGUAAA